AUGCUCUAUGAUUAUUCAAUAACUGCAUUAGUUACUGAUAAUGCUGCGAACUGUGUUAAAGCACAAGAAAUAGUUACAAGUCAAUUUCUGAACAUUAUUGACCUUCAAUAUAUCACUCAUUUCUUUAAUUUAAUAACUAAACAUAUAAUGGAACAUAAUUUAGUAAAACAAACGAUCAAAGGGGAAGAACUUAAGACAUAUUCUGAAAUACGAUGGACUUCUAUGUAUGAAGCUGCAAGUUCAGUAUCACAUUUACGAAUUGCAUUAGAACAUGUAUUAAUAAACAAUCCUGACGAAAUUACAAAUAAAAUUGUCAAACAUUAUCUUCGAAAUUCAGAUUUCUUUGCAAAUGUUAACAAGUUAACCAAAGUUUUAAAGCUAAUUAAAACCACAAUCACUUUAUUAGAGAGUGCAAGGCGAGGAUUGAAAGCAGAAUAUUGGAAAAUUAUUACUGAUAUUGCCGUUCAAAUUCACCUAAAUAAUGGUGGUAACCAAAAAUCACGCAAUCGACUUUUAGCACAAAUUUGCAAUUAUGAAUCAAAUCAUAAUCCAUAUUAUGAAAAGUUUGAUAGCAGUCUUGAAACUAUAUAUGAAACUGAAAUUGGUUAA